AUGGGAGGCCCCGGAGUCUUCCGUCCCUAUCACGCACUACUGCGUCCGGGGCUCCACGUCCGCCAGCAUGGACCACCCUUCGAGGUGCCCGUCGGAGGCGAGCAGGGCGGCGCGUCCUCGCCUCAGAUGCGGAGGCCGGGCUUCGCCAGGGGCACCUUCGCGCUGACGCAGCAGAGGGUCCGCGGGCUUCUCCCCGCCACGUGCUACCACUUCCAGGUGCAGGCGUUCAACCAGGUGGCGGCCUCGGAGUGGAGCGAGGUCAGCGGGCCGAUGAGGACCCUGUCCUCGCCGCCGGCGCGGUGCGGCCCCCCGAAGCUGGUCAGCGGCUCCCUCUCCGAUGGCAUGCGCCUGCGGUGGAGGGCUCCCGGCGGGCCCGGCGAGCCGCCCAGCCGCUACGACUUGUGCGUCGCGGACGACGCGCUGAUGAGCCGCAAUGCGCGCGAGAUCCGCAACGUCGCGUUCUCGCCAGCCCCGCCACCCGCCUGCGACGAUGACGUGGAGGCCACGGCGGAGGGUGAGUUCCAUCCCGGCAGCCGCUACUUCGUCCGCGCCCGGGCCGCGAAUUCGGCGGGGCCGGGGGAGUGGUCGGCGACAUCCGAGGCCCUGCAGGUGCGCCCAGAGAGGCCCCUGCGGCCCGAAGCGCCAGGGGCCCUCGAGCCGCUCCCAGGCGGCGUGCUCGUCCGGUGGGCCGAGCCGGGCUGCCAGGGAAGCGCCAUCACCAGCUACAGGCUGCGCUACUCCACCAGCCGCACCAUGACCGCGCCGUGCGAGGCGACUAACAUGAAGGGCGCUGUCACCGAGUUCGCGGUGUCGCCCCUGAAGCCCAAUGAGACCUACUUCUUCCAGGUCUGCGCCGUGAACGCCGUGGGGGAGUCCGAGUGGUCUGCGCCGAGCAGCGGCGUGGCCACGGUGGUGUCGCCGCCCGCGCAGAUGGGGGCGCCGCACCUGCUGGCCAGGUCGGCCACGUCGAUAACCUUGGGCUUUGUGCCGCCCGCGGACAUGGGCGCCCGCAACUGCAACCUGGUCCAGACCUACACGGUCCGGUACCUGGAGGAGGGCCCCAUCGAGGGGACGCGCAGGCCGCCGCCUGCCUCUGAGGGCGACCCCCGGCUGGCCCAGCCGGCGGGCGAGCUUCGCGACGCUCGGCCAGAGGGCGCCGAGGUGUCGGGCCUCCUGCCCGGGUCGCGCUACGCCUUCUGGGUGGCUGGCGCCAACGCGUCCGGCGAGGGCAGGCCGAGCGACCUCGGCCACUUCAGCACCCUGCCGUCGGUGCCAGACAGGCCUUGCGCCCCAGAGCUGGUGGAGGAGGACACCUCCAGCUGGAGCCUCACCCUCCGCCUCGCCCCCGCCGCGGGCAACGGGCUGGCGGUGACGCACUACGCGCUGGAGGUGGAGGACACGUUGCACGGCGAGAAGUGGGAGACGGAGACCUGGGAGGCGGACCCGUCCCAGGAGGACGGACUGCUCUACCACACCGUGCUCCGCCUGACGCCCGGCAUAGGCUACACCGUGCGGGCCGUGGCGAUCAACGAGCUGGGGCGGAGCGAGUGGUCGGACCCGCUGGUGGGGUGCCGCUGCACCCCGCGCCUCCCGGAGCCUCCCAGGCUGGAGCUCCACGGCUCGCAGCCUGACGCGCUCGACCUGACGUGGGCGACUCCGCACCACAACGGGGCGGACAUCACGGAGUACACUCUGCAGUGGAGCACCGACGACGAGUUCAAGACCGGGAAGAUCGAACAGCUGACGACCUCCGAGCUCAAGGCGACCGUGCUCGGCCUGGUGCCCGGCAUGAAGUACUACGCCCGCGCGGCGUCCUCCAAUUCCGAGGGCAUCGGCAGGUUCGGGCCCGUGAUCGCGGCGGUCACAGGGGCGGACACCCCGCAGGAGGUGCGCCAGGUCCAGUGCAAGAGCCCGGGGCACAUCCACGCGCGGGUCGAUUGGCUCAUCCCGUUCAGCAGCGGAAGUGAGAUCCAGCAGUUCCGCCUCUUCUACCGCGAGACAGACACGGACGGACGACCAGAGGGCGAGCGCGACAGCGGCGAGCUCAUCGUGAAGGGCAAGAAACGGUCCACGAUCGUGGAGCCGCUCCUGGCCGGGCGGGAGUACACCUUCGAGGUGCAGGCGAUGAACUCCGUGGGCUGGGGCCCCGUGGGCCCGCGCAGCUCUCCGUACAGGCUGCUGCCCGCGCUCCUGCCGACGCCCCCCGGCGAGCCGAAGCUCGUCUCGGCCGGGACCGAGUCGGUCAGGCUCUGCUGGGACGCCUCGGACUCCGUGGGCGCGGAGGUCGUGGAGCAGGUCGUGCAGAUCUCCUACGACCCAGCUUUCCCCGACGGCAACUUCCUGGAAUCAUUGCAGCCGCCCUGGAGCCAGUCUAUCGCCGUGGAGUAUCCCCCUUCUGGCGGUGGCAUGGCUGUGGUCCAGCAGCACGCGCCGUCGCACGGGCUGCCACCAGCGCAGGGGGGCGACGCGGCGGACCAGUCGGGUGAUGCACGCUGGCCGCACGGCUGCGGGCCGCUCGGCACCAGCGAAUCCCGCCUGGAAACGAGGUGGCAGCGGAAGCCAGGCGUUUUCAAGUGGGCGGAGUACGUGAUACCGGGGCUCAGGCCAGGCACAGUGUAUCACUUCCGUGUAGCAUCGCGCAACAGGGAAGGCCAAGGACAGUUCGGGCCUGUCAGCGCCGCGAUCUCCACCGCCUCGUCAGAGCCGGACGCCCCCGAGGACCUGACAUCGCUGCACACGUCGAGCUUCGGCAUCUCACUCGGCUGGCGGCGGGGAGACUGCAGGGGCGCGCCUGUCACGCACUACAUAGUGCGCUACGCCGACGCAGAGGAAGUGCUCUCGACCGAGAACUGCCGCACCAUCCAGCGCGUGGAGCUCGCGAGGGAGACUUGGAGUGGCAUCUCUCAGCCAGAGCCGCUGCCCCCGAGGCCCCCCGAGGACCUCGAGCUUGACGCCGCGUGCGCCACCGAGGGGUCGAGGGACGCCAUCCUCAGCCGCUUCACCGAGCACGUGCUGGCGCGCUUCUCCACCCUGGAGCUCGCCUGGCGGGCCCUCGACCCGUACGGCAGCGGGAGCGUCCGCGCGGCAGCCGCGCGCGGACCCCGAGGGUACGGCGUCGGGGAGCUGUUCCCGGACCUCGAGGACAGCUUCUUGGAUGCUGUGUGGGCCAAUCUCGGGGAGCUUGGCGCCGUGAGCCCACAGCACUUUGGGGCGCUGCAGCGCUACGCGGACCGCCUGCUGACCACGAGCCUGGGGCCGCCGGCGCUCUUCGAGGGCGCUCCCUCGCAUGGCGGCCCGUGGUGCAUGAUCCAGGACUUGCAGCCUGGAGCGGCGUACUUCAUGCACGUGUGCGCAGUCAACGCCAUGGGCAGGUCCUCGUGGUCGCCAGCGUCUCCCCUUCGCCUGGUGACCCCCCCGGCGGUUCCUUGCAGGAUGGCGCCUCUGAAGGGUGUCGCGAGCAAGCGCGCGCCCGAUUCGGUGACCCUGCAGUGGUCGUUGCCCAGCUCCCACGGCAGCCCCGUGGACUGCGUGCAGAUCAGGUGGUUCUGCCAGGACGUGGGCGUGCCGCUGCCGAGUAUAGAGGAGAUGCUCGCGCGGGGCACAGAUGGCACUGUGGCAGAGCAAUCUAUUCAGAGUCCAUGGCCAGGGACUGAGCCUCCGCCAACAGAGUUAACGUUCUCAGGGCUCAGACCUGGACAAUUGUUGAUCGCCAGCGCACGGGCCAGCAAUUCUUGCGGCAGUUGCAGGGCUUGGUCGGCGUUGACCAAGCCCGACGACAAUGGGGAGCUAUGGGAGCACCACGCCGCAACUGCGCCCUUGCCGCCAGAGACUCCAGGAAUCCCGAGCUUCGUCGAAGGCUCUCUGAGGUCUGCCGGCUUUCUCACCGAGGGCCGCCUUCGCGUCCGGGUGGCACGCAACAACGGGCCUCCCUUGAGCAAGCUCGGCUUCGAACUGAUCGAUUGCUUGGGGAUCCCGAGCAGCGUGUCGCAUAACCUCUACGUCACCAUUUUCACAGCCAGAGGAGUGGUGCCUGCGGGCGUAUCAGCGCUCGACCUCUUCUGCACGGCGAACGUGCCCGGGAGAGACGAAACGCUGGCAUUGACGACGCGGACCGCCUUCCACACGGCGGCCCCGGAGUGGAGGCACCGCGAGCAGCUGAGAGAUUGGAGGUUUGGGAUGCCCGUGCAGAUCCAGGUCUGGAGCCGGGAGAUCGGCGAGUCCCCUGCGCUUCUGGGCCAGGUCUGCCUCGAGCAGGCCCAGUUCCAGGAGGGCUUCGAGGGGGAGGUGCAGCUGCAGGGCGCACCUCGCCCGGGCGGCGGGGAGGCCUUCGCGCACGUCAAGCUCGAGAUCGAGGCCUUUGCCGCCCCGAGGGCCACCGCGUCGGCCUGGGAGACCGAGGUCGGCGAGGGCCAGGGCUUCUCGGCGCUCAUCGGCGACCAGGACCUCACGCGCGGAGUGCCGGGCCUGAAGCCCGGUCGGUACUACCAGCUGCGCGCCCGCGCGCUCUCGGUCGAGGGAGCAUCGCCGUGGAGCGAGCUCUCGGAGCCCGUCAAGACGCCGCCCGACGUGCCGAGCCCACCAGGGCAGCUCCAGUGCGAGUUCACCACCAUGGCGUCAGUGGAGCUGAGGUGGCAGCCACCGGCGGACAACGGCGACCCCGACCUCUCCUACGAGAUCGCGACGGCCCCGAGCGAGGACACCCCAGAGGGCGAGUGGAGCCGCAUCGGCCUGGAGGCCAUUGCGCGGGGCUUGCAGAAGGCCCGCCGAGGGUUUCUGCUCUACAAGGUGGAAGGGCUCAAGCCCGGCGCCCCGAUGUAUUUCAAGCACCGCGCCAGGAAUUGCAUCGGCUGGAGCGCGUGGUCGGAACCGUCCCGUUUCAUGACACGGGCCACGCGGCCAGGCAAGCUGGCGGCAGGCGGCCUGAGGCUCGUGGACGAGACGCCGACCACUCUCCGCAUCAGCUGGCAGGAGCCGCCCACCAACGGCUCGGCUGUGGCCCGGUACGACAUAGUUGGGGGUCCGAGCUUGAGGGUGUUGCGCUGGGCCAUGCUAUGCACGAACCUGUUGGAGAGGAGCCCCGCCGCUGAUAAGCUUUUCAACGUCGACGAGUGCAGCGGCCACGACUAUGGGGAGAUUGUGGGCACAGAGGAGUUCUCGAGCUUCUACUGCAGCACUUGCAUGUUCGUGUCGCUGCGUGGGGAGGAGCGCAGCCUGGAGCUGACGGAUCUACUCCCUGGCCAGACCUACUACUUCACGAUGCGCGGCGUGUGCCCUCAGGGCAAGGGCGACUUCAGCGAAGUCUCUUCGGUGAAGAUGAUGCCGAGAGUCCCUGUCGCCGGCGACGCCCCGCAGAUCGGACAAGUCACGACGACGGAGGCAGAGCUGAUCUUGUGGCUCCCGUAUGGCAACGGCGUUCCGAUAGACAGCAUAUGCGUCGAGUGCUCCCGCACCUCCGGUGCACUUUCGGAGGAGCAGGUGGACCCUGAAACUGGCGAGCCCUUGGAAGAAUUUGCCUUGAUGAGGAUCGUGCAGAGCCCUCGGGAGUUCGAGCGCCUCUCCCGGGUCGGGCCCGAGACAGAGGAGUUGGAGGGCCGCAGAGGCUACAGAGGUUGGAUUUGGGGCAUGACACAGGGCCUGCUCGGUGCCUACCGCGACGAGGGCGUGGACGAGGAGGUGUGCUUCGAAGACGGCCACGCGCCAGAGAUCGCAGCCGCCACCAGCUGCGUCUACAGGGCCACAGUGCGAGGCCUCCUGCCUGGCACUGCGUACACGGCCAGGUGGUCGAGCCACAACUCCUGCGGAUGGUCGGAACACACAGAGUGCGCCUGCUUUACCACCGCGGGCACAGCCCCGGACGCGCCCCCGGGGGUGAUGCUCUGA